CGUUAACAAUUUUACAGAAAGUUUUUAUUUGUUUUCUAUGAUUCAUGAAAACUAGAAAAAUGUCCCAUCCAGCAGAAUUAAGUUUUGACGAAAUACUUAAGUUUAUGCUAGCAAAUAAUGGAAAAGUUACAAACCAUGAGUUAGUGAAACAUUUCAAAGUGUUUUUAAUGAAUCCGGACAUGAGAGAUGAAGCCCGAAACACUUUUAAAAAGCAUGUUAAUGCUUUAGCCAUAAUUAAAAACCAAAACAAUGAGAAGUGGUUAAUUUUAAAAAAGAAAUAUUUAAAUAAUCCUGUCAAACAAAAUGAGGAGGUUGUGGAAUCAAAAAUUACUGAAUUGCCUGUGGUACCAAAUGUAUCUAACAUGGAAACAGAAUCUGUUCCUCAGUCAACAUAUAAGCAUGCACCACCAUUACAACUUAACCAAGAUUUCAAUAUCUUAGCAAAUAUUAUACAAGACUCAUCAGCAGCUGCAACACCAACACAAGCAUCAGAAAUACCCUUAGAAAUUCCAGUCAGUGAAAGCAAAGAGUCUUUGACAGCUGUGGAGGAAACCCCACCCAAAGUUCAUCCACGAAGAAAAUCUUCUGAUAAAAUUUUAGCGGAGAAAAGAUCAAGUGUUGCUAGCCUAAAUUUAGGGUCUCGUUCAUCGAUACCAAGUCAAGACCUCUCAGAAUUAAGUGAGAAGUCCACCUUAACGUUAUCAUCUUCUAGAAGUGAAAGUAUGUUAAUUGACCAUGAACAAAAAAUAUCUGUUAAAGAAAGGAAGCAAAUGUUUAACAGAAUGGCAUCGGAGAGUGAUGUUCUCAAGACGCAAAAAUUGAGCUUUAAUAAUUCGAGUGUUGACGAAGAAGACAGAGCGUCGCUUGAACAAAAGGAAACGGAUCCAUUGGAUUCCAAGCAGAAACAGUGGAUCAUAUGCGCUGCGAGGGGCGAGUACCAUUCUCUUGCCAAAAUGUGCAAAGAGAACGCCAAAUUAGUUCGUACAAAGGAUCCCUUCACGGGUGUAAGUAUUACUAUUUAAAUAAUAUGAUAUUAUUUUGUUACAAACCUUUACACAGACUAUACAUAAUAAACAUACAUAUAUAUUUUUAUUUCGGUACUAUAUCAACACGGGGAUUAAC